CUCAAGAGGGAAAAUAGUUUAUGUGUAAUUUCCCCGUAGACUUCUUGAGAGCUUGGUGUAUCUACUCUACUCUUUCCUCUAUAGUUUUCUUUAAAGAGAGUGAGAAUUAAGAAGAGAAAAAAACCGAGAAAAUUUUGUGAAUCCAAAAAGACGUUGUUGUAUGGCGUCAAAUUGUUUGUCAAAGUCAAGAAAGGAAAAGGGCUUUCCACCAAAUUUCUGUUGAGGUUGCUGGUAUUUUCUCUAGAGUUUACAACGCAGUAUUCUGUCAAGAGUGAGUAAAGAAGGGAGAAAAAUCAGCUCCUUAUCAAACAUUUUGACAGAAGCAGUUCUUUCUUUGAAACAAUUACCUAAUCGAACGGAAAAAACUUCCUUCAUAUAACUGCAGUAACACCCUCAUAGUGCUGUAAGUUUAUUUUCUGAACAAUCUUUGAUUUCGUAAAUUUUUAACUUUUGUGUAGUUUAAUUAAGAGUGAAACAUUAUAUAUUUAUUUUAAACAAGCUAGCUGAUAAUGUAUGUUAGAUUUACAGGAUAUAAAUUAGUGGUUUCUUUUUUAACUUAUUUUUUCUUUUCUGGAAAUUGAAAAUUCAUAUUUUCGGUGAUGUUUGAGUGUUGACUUAUAGUGACGGAUUGGCAAGUUUCGAGUUUUGGAUUGGUUAAAAUUGUUGUGCAACAAGGUUUAGAGUUGUUGCCACGGAGUUUUUUCGGCGACCCAAGUGGUUUUGAAGCGAUUUCGACUCACGAUGUAGGCGGUUGAGUCGCAAGAUUUGACUUGGUUCAUCGUUGAGGUUGUUUAAGAGAGGGUUAACGUUUGCUAUUUCCAUUUCUGAAGGUUCUAAUAGAGGAUGAAAUUGUUUGCAUAUACAAUAUAAACAAACUUGUAAACUCAUCAUGCAAACAGCCUCUUCAUCAAAAUCUCCUUCGCAUCGUUGGAAAUAUGAUGUCUUUCUAAGCUUUAGAGGUGAAGACACAAGGAAGAACUUUAUAGAUCAUUUGUGUACUGCUUUCAAUCAGAAAGGAUUGCGUGUUUUUAGGGAUGACAAAGAACUUGAGAAAGGAAAACCCAUUUCACCAGAGCUCAAUCAUGCAAUUAAAGAAUCAAGAUUUGUGAUUGUUGUUUUCUCAAGACAAUAUGCUUCUUCCACAUGGUGUUUAGAUGAACUUGUUCAAAUUGUUCGUUGCAAGAAUAUAAAAUUUUUUCCAGUUUUUUAUAACGGGGAUCCUUCCGUGGCUACAAAACAAAAAGGAGAGUUUGAAAAAGCCUUUGUCAGACAUGAAGAAACUUUUAGAGAAGAUACUAGAAAGGUGCAAACUUGGAGAAAUGCUUUGACAAAGGUGGCCAAUCACUCUGGAUUCGACUUAAAUGAUGGGUAUGAGUCACAAUUUAUUCAAAAAAUUGUGAGGGAAAUAUCAAGCAAAUUAUGUUUUUCAAAAUACACAAGUGUCGAGAACCUAGUAGGCAUAGAUUCACGAUUGGAGGAACUAAAGAAAUUUAUAAGUCCUGAGUCACACGAUGUUCGUAUGAUUGGGAUUUGUGGCAUGGGAGGAAUAGGUAAGACAACAAUUGCUAGAGUUGUCUAUAACUUUUUUUCUGAUAAAUUUGAAGGUAGUAGUUUUUUGGCUAAUGUUACAGAAAUUUUUUAAAAAGAUGGUCUAGUUUCUUUGCAAAAGAUGCUUCUCUCACAAAUUCUGGGUAUGGGAAAAGAUGACAUCAACAUAUACAAUGUCUUUGAUGGAACAAGCAUGAUAAGAAGGAGGCUAUCGUGUAAGAAGGUUCUUAUUGUUAUAGAUGAUGUAAACAAUCCAGAGCAAUUAGAAAAAUUAGCUAGCAAGCGUGAUUGGUUUGGAAUGGGCAGUAGGAUCAUAAUAACAUCAAGAACCAAAAGUUUGUUGACGUGCCAUGGAGUAGAUGGAGUUUAUGAGGUUGAGAAAUUAAAUCAUACUGAAGCCGGCCAAUUAUUCAUUUCAAAAGCCUUUAAGAAACAUCAAUAUUUAGAAAGUUUUAGAGAGCUAUCCAAAUGUGUUGUACUGUAUGCUAGUGGUCUUCCAUUAGCUCUUAAAGUUUUGGGCUACUUUUUGUAUGGAAGAGAAGUUCAUAUAUGGGAAGAUGCAUUGCAAAGACUAAAAAGAGAUUGUAAGAAAGAAAUACUAGAUGUACUUCAAAUAAGCUUUGAUGGGCUAGAAGAAUUAGAGAAAAACAUAUUUCUUGAUAUAGCAUGUUUCUUUAAAGGAAUGGAUAGAUAUUAUGUGACAAGAAUUCUUGAAAGUUGUGGUUUUUUUCCAAAUAUUGGAAUAGAUAUUCUAAUCGAUAAAUCGCUCAUAAUUAUUUUACAUGACAAUACAUUGUGGAUGCAUGAUUUGUUACAACAAAUGGGUCAACAAAUUGUUAAGAGAGAGUGUCCCGAAGAGCCUGGAAAAUGCAGUAGAUUGUGGAUGAAAGCAGACAUUCAUCAUGUAUUGACAGAAACACAAAGGCCUUGAUUAUCUUUUCAACAACUUACGUUUACUUGAUUGGGAAGGAUAUCCUUUAAAAUCCUUACCACCAAAUUUGCAAUUGGACAAAAUUAUUGAGCUGAAAAUGGAUCAGAGCCGCAUUGAACAAUUGCAGCAGAGAAUAAAAGUAAGAUUAAUUCAA